AUGUCGGCCUUGAACAACGGGUGGAACUUGUACUCGAGACUCGCGAAAUCCCACAAGGCACACGUCAACUUCGAGGCUGAAGAAGAGUCGCUGAAAGUCGCCAUGUCUCAGAUUCAGCAGACUAGGCAAUUGAUGGAUGAGGUUCAGCCUAACGAGCGUCAGAAAAUUGAGCAGAGGCCCCAGUUUUUUUUCAAGCUCGCAAACAGACUGAAUACGCUCUGGGAUAGGUUACGCUAUCUCUAG